AUGUCCCCAACGUACCAGAUGAGUAAGCGUCGUCGAGAUGGAAAUGUGACAUACCUCUGGGAGUUCCUCCUCAAACUUCUGCACAAUGAUGACUUUUGUCCCAAGUUUAUAAAGUGGAUCGACCAAGAUAAGGGGGUGUUCAAGUUGAUUGAUUCAAAAGCAGUUUCAAAACUAUGGGGCCAGCAUAAAAAUAAACCUGCCAUGAAUUACGAAACGAUGGGUAGAGCCUUGAGGUAUUAUUAUUCAAGAGGUAUUCUCAACAAAGUUGACGGCCAGAGAUUGGUGUACCAAUUUGCCCAGCUUCCACCAUCAUUGAUCUCAUCAUCACCUUCAUCGUCAUCAUCGUCAUCAUCUUCAUCAACAUCGUCACCUAAUGAUAUGGUGAUCAAUCCUAGCAACAGUAAUGUAAAUAUUUUCUGA